CAAAGUUGAAAAUUUAUCUCUACACAAAAGCGUGCUGUUCUGUUGGCGCUCAAGUAAAUCUGCUAUCCAUUUCUCUACUGUACAAGUGAAUCUGUUGCUAUUCGUGAAAGAUGCCUUUCAUGAAAGGUAGAGCUCCUAUUCGGAGAACGUUGCAAUAUCUUAAUGCCGGCCAGCUGAUGCUCAAGGAUAAGGUAAAAAUAUUCAGUGUAAACUACAACACGUAUGGUGAACAUCACGAGGGUGCUAGGGAUUUUGUCUUUUGGAACAUACCACAGGUACAGUACAAGAACCCGAAGGUGCAAGUGGUCACUUUCAAAAACAUGACCCCAUCUCCCUUCAUUCGCUGUUAUUUCGGUAAGUUCAUCUGGCUUACCUUAGGUUCUGUUCUGUUCAUGUUAUUUCUUUUUCUUGCAGAAAAUGGCAAACAAAUGUUAAUCGAUAUUGACAGCAAAAAUAGGCAGGAAAUUCUACAACACUUGUCCAUCGUUGUGGGUAAAUCUGAGGCAACCUUGAAAGCUGAGACAAAACUCGCAGAAAAACAGGACAAUCCAGCAAAUUUCGGCAUCGGCUGCAUGAAGCACUGUAUCUGCGAAAUUCCGGGACAAUUGCCGUGUCCGGGUGUAGUGCCAGUACCAAAGCAUAUGCGCGGGAAGUUUAAAUAUCAAAUGAAGGAAUAAUGUGACUAAUUUCCCGUAUCGGGAAAAUGUUUGAUAACAAGAGAAAUA